UUUUACUCUCUGUCUCGGACUACAUAGACGAUGGAGACUGAAUACGACCAAGUUCUUCGCUCCGUUGCUCAGGUGAAUAUCGCCGACCAGACCGGAGAUUCCGGCGAUGUUAGCUGUGAAGGAGACGGUGUAAAAGUCUUGUGCUUCACUGAAGUUUUCGAUGAUGUCACUAUCCAGUUCCAGAUCAUCCGUCUCGCGAAACAGAUUUAUGUAUGGCUUGGUUGUAACUCCGCCAAAUUUGGGAAUUUGUACGCAGCCGCUUCAACACGACCGAGCAAUACCGUGAGUGUUACUUCAGUACUUGGUGGAUCAUCUGAUAACACUGGAUCUGGCAUUGCGCGUAGAUUAGUGUUGAAGACUGGACUCAAUAUAAUACUGGCUUGCAACAUCCCUAAGAACAAUCCCUUGCUCGAGGCAAAAGCUGAGAAAGUGUUGAUUAGAAAGCUGAUUGAUCUUGGUUACACAAUGCCAAAACCUAAGGCAAAUCCCUGGGACAUGUCAGAGUGUGAAACUACUGUAUGAUGGAACCAUUCCUCUUUCCCUCUAUAUUUGUCACUUGCAGACCUGUGUAUUGAUAAUGUUUUAACAUAAAAUUGAUGUGUGUGUAUGUUGACACUUGUAGACAAACAAAUCACUUAUUCAUCAUCCACUGUGAAUUUAUUGGGGA